AUGCAAAACGAGCACAUGAAGAUGUUCCCAUAUGGUGCACGGAGGGCAACAAUCGAGUCCUUGCUUUUUGGCUCACACUUGACCCAACUUCCCGACCUGACCUAUGAUCCUACCAAGGUGUUUGCGCAUCAAUGCUUAAGUUGUGCUGAUGGCCUCUUUGGUGCGGAGUUGUGGUUCUGCAAAGCUCGUGCCUACGCAACCUUGCAUGGAAUCGAUUAUUACCUGCAUCCGAAACAUGUGACCUUGAUUGAUGCUUCACCUCGUCAUCUGUUUGUGCGUGUUCAGGCAGGCCUGUGGCUCCCAAGCACUUUCCACCUCAACUGCGGUGAUGCGGGGACAUUGUGUCCUGACAGUGGUACUUGGAAAGACCAUGCUGGAGGAUGGCAUCGUUUGGACUUUGUAGGGCUUUCCUUUGGCUUUCCGGGUCUUGUCACUUCGCAUUUUGUAUGGCCAGAUUUUGACCGGGGCAUAGUUCUUGAAGAUCACCGUCCUGUAGUUGUGACACUUGAUUUUCCGUUGUCUACUUUUGCUCUUGGCAAGUUGGAUUUUCAGCGUCACCGGUCUUGCAAGCUGCCUCAGUCUCCAACGCAGUCCCACCUGGAUGCUUUUGAUCAAGCCGUGCGGUCUUUAAGCCCUUUUGAAUGGACCGUUGAAGCGCAUUACCAUUUCGAAAAUAUGCAGCAGCGAAUCUACGAUUCUGCGGUGUCCACCUCUAAAGCCAACCGGCCCCGCCGUAGCCCUGCCAUUGAUGAUUUUGCCUGGGAUUUCUUGUGUUUGCGCAAGCGAGUCAAAUCGCAUCUGGUUUCCCUGACUCGUCGUUGUGAUCGGGUGUGUCUUUUGGUGGUUUUUCAUUCUUGGGUCAAGCAGUGUCUGUCGAAUGCUUGGUCAGCUUCGGUGCCAACUUUCCUGACCACUUUACAAACCAUCCGUUUUGAGCGUGCCCUAUGCUGGAAGUUUUUGGAGGUUGUUUCCUGUCUUUCGCGACAGACCCUGCAUCACUCCAAAUCAGUCUUCUAUAAUGGAUUGUCUCAGCGUUUGGGACCACAUGUAGUUGGUGCUUCCUACGAGGAUCUUUGGAAUACCUUGCAGCAACUAGGAGCCAUAGGCAAAAAACCUCGGCGGCGUCAAGCAGGAUUUCAACAGGCCAUGCAACUUCCAGAUGGUUCUUUGGUCACUGCUCCGGACGAACUCGCAUUGGCUUGGCAGGCCCACUUUGCCUCCAUUGAAGCAGGUGAUUUGAUCUCACCUGCACUCUUGCGUGCUUCGUGCUUGACGCGGCAAUCCAUUCAACGUCCGCCUCUGUUCGAUGUUCAGCCGGAAGAUUUGCCCACGCUUCCUGAAGUAGAAAGAGCAGCACGAUCGCUGAACAAGAAGAAGGGGACCAACCCAACCAACCCAACGAAUUCAACCUUGACCACAGCUGGCAUUGGCGUUGCCCAGUGGAGGCCAAGAUGGAAAGUGAAGAAGUUAGGAGGCCUCGAGAUAGCCGUAUACAAAGGGCGUGGCCCUCGAUGCCAGUUUGGGUCGUACCGUGCUAUCUUGUUGAGUGACCUGGUGGGCAAAGUGCUACACAAAGUUGUUCGCAAUCGGAUCUACGAAGCAGUCUCCAACUUUGCUCGUCCCUUUCAAUUGGGUGGCUUCAAAGGCAUGUCCCCUGUCUUUGGUAGUCUUGGUCUUCGUCUUUUUCAGCGAAUAGCCGUGGCUCGUCGUCGAUCCUUCUGCGUGCUUUUUGUUGAUGUGAAAGGCGCAUACUAUGCUGCCUACAGGCAACUGUUGGUUUCAGCUUUGCCCCGCUCAGGGACCUUGUUGGCUUUAAUUGACCAGCUUCCUGCAUCUGAUUUGGUGAAGCUCCGUUUGCGACAACGGCUUGACGAAGCCAAUCUCUUGCAGAAACUUCCUCUCUCCCCAGCUUGGCGUGCUUUUUGUGAGGAAACGCUGCAAGAUACUUGGUUCUCAACCGAAGGGGCCCCGAACUUGACUUUGACUCAGAGAGGAUCCAGGCCUGGCGAUCCAUUGGCUGACUUGCUGUUUGCCGUCCUACUCAGCGACUUAGAUCAGGAGCUUCACUGCUCACUCCAAGCUGCUGGGUUCAUUGAUGCCCAGCCUAGGUUGGAUUUCCAAACAAGUUCCCUUGACGGCCAGGAGCCUCUUCCUUCUAUAAUAUGGGCUGAUGACAUGGCAAUACCUCAGAGUUUUUGCUCUCCCAGCGAGUUGUAUUUCAGACUUCCAGACCUGUGCCGCAUAGUUUUCGAAGUUUUUGCUUCGUACGGCAUGCAGCUUUCUUCCGGAUCUGGGAAGACGGAAAUCAUUUUGCGGUUUGUGGGAUCGCAUGUUACAGCCUGGUCUCAUCGCCUUUUUGACAUAGAUCAGGGCUUUGUGACCUUCCCUUUUGCGGGUGAAUCAAUCAAGAUCAAUGUGCCCAAAGAUUACGUGCACCUUGGUUCGGGCUUGGAUUUCAAGGGCAAACUACAUUUCGAAAUAUCCAGGAGAACUGCCAGCUCACGAGAACCUUUGCGAUUGCUUCGGCCUCAACUGCUUCGGUCCCGGAGUGUCAGCUCUCGCACCAAGCUGCAAGCAGUGCGCUCCCUGGCUCUUUCCAGAUUGCUGUACGGAGUAGAGUCGUGGCUAUCUUUGACUUUGGCAUCUUUUCGGAUGUUGUCUUCAGCCGUGAUAGCCAUCUAUCGCUCAGCAUUGCCGCGCAGACUUGAUUGCUUAAAACCUUUAGCCAAAGAUGAAGUUUUGUCCCAAACUUUCUUGCCAGAUCCUUCUAAAUUGUUGGCGUUGUCUAGGCUUCGCUUUUUGGGUCAAUUGGUUCAAUUUGCACCCCAGCAACUUUGGUCUUUUAUUUUUUGGGAAGCUACUCUUCACAGUGACUCCUGGGCUGAUCUUGUGAAUGGUGACCUGGCUUGGCUGCAGCGUCAUGUGCCGCUGGUAGACCAUUGUCCUGCAGAAGGUUUCCCAUCACACUCCUGGUUGGCUUGGCUUAACAUGGUGGGAGCACAUUGGCAUGGAAAACUGAAGAAGACGAAUCGCAGUGCCGUGCGAUAUCGUGUGGACGCUCUUGCUUGGCUGCAGUGGAGAACCCACUUCUUCAGCAUCCUUGAAGCAGCAGGAUUGGUUCCGCCGGUUGCUGCGUUGCCAAGCACCCUGCAUUGCUGUGACUUGUGUGACGCCAGUUUCGCUUCCGUCAAGGCAUUGGCGCUGCAUUGUGCACACAAGCAUGGAUGGCGAGCUGCUGCGCGGGCCUUCGUGAUGGACCUGUUUGCCAUGCAUGAAGAGCAGAUCCGCUUCGAUAAGUGGGAUCUCCAUCAAAAGAGAGCCGCCCGAGCGGAUCCUUUUCUGAGACGUGAGCUUGCCUUGCCUUGCACGCGGGAAUUUGAGCCUGCUGCAGACCUUCGGCGUCUCUUGCCAAUUGAAAAGGCGGAAUCUCAACAAGCAGUCGAUCGCGAGAUUGUCCAGCACGGGGAUCAUCACUGGAUGAAACUGAAAGAGGCCCUUGUUGAAGAUUCAGAGCGCGCCUUUGCUGUGACGGCUUCCAGCAAUGUCCUGAGCUCUGCUUGCUCUCCACGGCCUGUUCCGGGGACCCCAGUGUAUCUUGUGUUGCAUCUUUUCAAUGGUCAGCGUAAGCACGGAGACUUACAGCAUUGGCUUGAACAUUUUACUCUGGAUCAGCCUUUUCGUUUGUUGACCUUGUCAUUGGAUGUGGCCAUUGACCCUGUCCAAGGGAACCUUGCUGAUGCUGAUACAUUGAGCCUUGAAGGCUUAUCCUUCCAGGUUCAGUAUGGCCAUGGCCCGGUCAAUUGUGCACGCAGCAGUCCAUGCACAUAA